UCACGAAUACACGAUCUUUGGUUGGAGUCCGUGUGUAUAAGGUGGGGCAGAGUGUUUCCCGGUCAACUUGUAAAAGUUGAGCGUGUGUCGGAUUUCUUAACGAUCUGCUUAAAAAGCACGUUAGCAGGCCUGCUUCAGAGUGCUGUAAGAGUUUGUAGUCGGGCAGAGCUGUGAGCUGGACUGAGUCAGACCAGAGUCAUGGCCUCCGGCAAGAACAAGAACCAGACCUCUCUGGCUCUCCAUAAAGUGAUCAUGGUGGGCAGCGGUGGAGUUGGAAAGUCCGCCCUCACCCUACAGUUCAUGUACGACGAGUUUGUGGAGGACUACGAGCCCACCAAGGCCGACAGCUACAGGAAGAAGGUGGUGCUGGACGGCGAGGACGUUCAGAUCGACAUCCUGGACACGGCUGGUCAGGAGGACUACGCCGCCAUCAGAGACAACUACUUCCGCAGCGGAGAGGGCUUCCUGCUGCUGUUCUCCAUCACAGAGCACGAGUCCUUCACGGCCACGUCAGAGUUCAGGGAGCAGAUCCUGCGGGUGAAGGAGGAGGAGGCCAUCCCUCUGCUCCUGGUGGGAAACAAGUCGGACCUGGAGGAGCGGCGGCAGGUCUCUGCUGACGAGGCCACGGCCAAGGCCGGCGAGUGGGGGGUCCAGUACGUCGAGACCUCGGCCAAGACCAGAGCCAACGUGGACAAGGUGUUCUUUGACCUCAUGCGGGAGGUCCGCAAGAAGAAAAUGGCGGAGAGCAAAGACAAAAACGGGCCGAGCGGCAAGAAAAAGAAGAAGCACUGCUGCAUACUUUAACUCCCGGCAAGCCAAAGUGACAAAGUGCCAAAACCAACAACAACAAAAAACCAGGCAGCAUCUUCAAACCAUCAAACUGUCGGUCAAACGACUGCUGCACAAACCGCUCACUCCGUCAGCUGCGGAGGGAAAUUCCCAAUUCUCCCGUUCCUCACCUGCACAUUUAUUUUUACACCUGGAAAUGUAUUUUUCUCCAAAUGUAUGAAACCCACGUUUUAAAAGAAUCUGGAUGUUUGAGGUCAUGUUGAGGAAGCUCACUUCCAUUUAUUGUAUACGUUGGUUUUGGGUUUCUGUAACCUCUGUACUUUCCUGCUUCUGCUUCCUCUUUACGCACAGUAGAGGCCAUAAGUAUGUGGACACGUCAGCUGGCUUUAUGCAGAGAGAAAUCUGAUCCAGGAAGUCCAGGCGAAGGACUAUCAGACGUUUAUAAAACUCUGACACAAAGUGAUCAAGGUGAUUGUUGUAUUUAUUGUUUUGUCACAAAGUCAUCUUCCAGGAAUGUGAGCUUGAACGGACGCAUGACGUUUCGUUCCUUUGCAGCUUUUUUGUUUUGUCAGAAAAGAAAAUAAUCUGUAAUCAUUUAAGUCACUUUUUCUGCAGGCUGCGGUUUCUCAAAUAUGAUGAUCUUUCUCGUGUUUAUACGACAUAUUAUAGGACAUUUCAUAUUUUGUUUUAGACUGCUGGUUGGAUGAAACAAGCACUUUAAGGACAUCACUUUGGGCUUCAGGAAGUUAUAACAAGCGCUUUACCCUUUUUAUAAAUUAGGCGAUUCAUGGAGAAAGUAAUCAGUAGAUCGGUAGAUGAAUUGAUGAAAGUGGCCCCUAUAUACGAUGUGAUUUUGGGCAGUUACAGAUUGAGAAAGACCCAAAACAAUCCCACAAACUUUCAAUAACUUGUACUUACUUUAUUUACAACAUUUUGGCCGUUUAUCAGAGCCACAACGUGACUGUUCUGGGGUUGUUUUAGCAAACCGCAGACAGACACAGUUAAGAGACGAGCUGGUGAAAAUAGAGCAUUUAGUGUGCAACAAACCUGUCACAUUGAGCCGUAACAACACAAAAAACAGACCAAAAGAACACGAAUAUGUGUGUGUACUUAUGGCCACACACCAUACAUGUUUCUGCAUCGUUGUUGUGAAUGAUUUAACAAUCUUGAAUUUUACUACAGCUCUUCCAAAACCAUUAUUUCCUCCCCGAUAUCGAUUCUAAUACCUGAACAUUGGCCGAUACCACGUACCGAUCAACUAAAACAUACAGAGAAUAAAAGCCAUAUAACUUUCUUUUGUUAUCAAGUUUCAGAGUCAGUCGUGACAGAAAAAGAACAGAAAUAACUACUGUAAAAUAGAUUUUUCAUAGACUCGCGUACUCCAUAUUUCAGGCAGUAGGGGAGGCGAACUCUUCAAGUAUUCCCAGACAGACACACUAUCAGCUGAGCAAAGACUUUGUGCCUUAAACUGUCCGCCAGUCCAGUCGUCCAUUUUUCCUUUAUUGCGUCUGUUUUGAGUCGUUCCUCACAUUCCUAAUAUACACACAUCCAGACUCUUCUUUUUCUAUAACAGCUUUAUUCUUCACUAAGAACUUUGUAAUACACUUUAUAAUCACGUUUAAGAGGGAAUCAACUAUUUAAAUCACUCCACUGAUGAAGUCUGUGGUUUGAAGGGACUUGUUUGUUUGUCUACACACACACACACACACACAGGCACACACAGACAGACACACACAC